AUGAAAUCACCUCCGAGAAUACCCUCGGCCACGUCGCUCGCCGCGCGCUCGCGGACGUCGCGCGCGCCCACGCUCGUGGUUUCAAACUCGAACGCGAGACCGUUUUCGUACUAUCUCCACGAGGCGCGUGCGAUGUUGCGCGAGCACGGGAGCGUGAAGCUCGAAGGCGUGGGGGCGGCGACGCAGCACGCGCUCGUGGUGAGCGAAGUACUUUCGCAGAGAGGGAUCGGAAAGGUGACGGCGGUGCGAACGGGAACGUUGGAUUCGCCGAGGGGCGCGUCCGAGCGCGGCGACGAACACGCGGCGAAGAUCGAGGUCACCAUCCACGGUCUCGCAAUGUAA